UUGUCUGAUAUUUAUCAGUUUUGAAUGUAUUUUGUUUUUGAAGCUGUUUUAAUUACAUUCCCAUGCAUUUAAGAUAUUUCUGAGUGGGUACCAUUGAGAAAUGUAUUUCCUUUAGCAAUUCUUGAAUUGUGAUGAAAAAUGUCUGGCCUUCUGAUCUUUUUUUUCACAUGUCAGGUUCAUGUCUCUGAAUUCUGCUAACCUUCGUGUAAUCCUCAUGGGGAAACUUGUGGGCAUGCAUAACAGAGUGUCUUAUGGUCAGGUAUUUAUAGUAAAGUUAUUAAUGGAUAUGGGCUAUGCAAGAAGCAAAGGAUCAUUUUUCAAUACAUAAAACGUCACACUUCGUUUUAACAUUUGCUUAGAGUGUGAGGUCUUCUCUGUUUCAAAUGUGGAAGAAAGCUACUAAUGUUUCUGGAAGUGCAGAAGAAAUAAAAGAAUUAGAAGUCGUCUUUGCAGCAUAGAACAGCUAUUUGAUCCUACUUGUUUUCCAAGAUAUGUGGUUUUAGCAUGUACAAUACUACAGAUAUAUAUGAUGAUGUUGAUGAUGACAUUCCAACUCAGUAUGUCAUUCAGCAAAGUUUGCAGGACAUUCAUAAGAGUGAGAAAGAGGCUACAGCAAAAAAUGACAGCUUUAAUUUUGCUACAAGUACAGAUUACAGGAAGAUCAUCACUGCCAUUCGGACAGGUGAAGAAGAGGCUUUGCUUAAGUUAAUGAGGUGUGGCUCUGCUUUUCGGGAAGCAGACCAGCAAGGGUGCCUUCCUUUACAUGAAGCUGCAGCACAACCCAACAAGAAUAUUCUAGAAAUAACUCUGAAAGCUUCACACCCUGUGGUGUGGCAACUGACAAACCUGAAAGGGGAAACGCCUCUGUUUGUAGCAGUGGACAAAUGUCUUGAGAAAAACGUCAAAUUUCUCCUCAUCAAUGGUUUUAAUCCUGAUGUGAAGAAUGAAGAAGGAGAUUCUGCUUUAAUUAUUGCAAUUAAACACAAUUCGUACGAAAUUGUCUCCUUGCUGAUACAAUUUGGUGCCGAUGUCAAUCUCCAGUGUGUCAACAAGAGGACAGCUUUACACGAGGCAGCCAGGCUAGGCUUCAAAAACAUGGUGGAACUUUUGCUUUGGUCUAAAGCAGAUCCGGAUCCACGGAGUGCAUAUGGACUCACCCCUCUAGCACUGGCAGCGCAGAAUGGGCAUACAGAAAUUCUGGAAAUUCUAUUGCGUAAAGGUGCCAAUGUUCUUUCCCAGGCAUCUGAUUGCGCAUCCAUAUUAUUUGAAGCUGCUGGAGGAGGAAAUCCUGAUUGUGUCUCUCUUCUGCUAGAGUAUGGAGCUGAUGCUAAUGUACCAAAGCAUUCAGGUCACUUGCCCAUUCACAGAGCUGCUUAUAGAGGACACCUCUUAGUUGUACAGAUCUUGGUUCCAGUGACAGACAGUGCUGCCAUCAAGGAGAGUGGGAUCAGUCCAGUUCACUCUGCAGCCGCAGGCGGACAUCCUCAGUGCCUUGAGUUCCUUCUCAAAUCUGGAUUUGAUGCCAAUUUUAUGUUGCAUCAGAGAAUUCGCAAAGGCUAUGAUGAUGAGAGGAGGUCAGCCUUGUAUUUUGCUGUCUCUAAUGGGGAUAUUGACUCCGUUCAGUUGCUCCUGGAUGCUGGAGCCCUACCAAACCAAGACCCAGUUAACUGUCUCCAGCUGGCCUUGAGAAUGGGCAACUACGAGCUCAUUGGUAUCCUGCUUCGCCAUGGGGCCAAUGUGAACUAUUUCUGUAGGGUUAAUACAACACAUUUCCCAUCAGCUCUGCAGUACACGUUGAAAGAUGAAGUAAUGUUAAGGAUGUUGCUGAAUUAUGGGUACAAUGUUCACCGCUGCUUCGAUUGUCCUCAUGGAGCCAGUGUGCAUUCCCAGUACAUAUUUGAAGGCUGGACCUCAACUGUUAUCAAAGACACAAUGUUCUGUGAGGUGAUAACAGUAGCGUGGUUAAAGCACCUGUCUGGGAAAGUGGUGCGUGUGAUGCUAGAUUAUGUUGAUCAUGUCAAGAUCUGCUCUAAGCUUCAAGUUGUACUUCAAGAACAGAAACUCUGGCCAGAAAUCCACGAAAUUUUGACAAACACCCGUUCUCUGCAACAUCUUUGUCGUCUGAAAAUCCGCAAGUGCUUAGGACGCUUGCGUCUACGCUGCCCUGUCUUCCUUACAUUUCUGCGAUUACCAAACCGUUUGAAAGACUAUAUUCUCUAUAAGGAAUAUGAUCUCUUUGGACAAGGAAACCUGAAAGGAAUUUACUAAUACAGAAGCAGAACCAGUGGAUGUGCUCCUAGUUCCAUGGCUGAAGGAUCUUAUGGAUGCUUCCCCUCUCCCCAAAUAUUCCUCACUGCUUGCACUCUGGAAGCUCCAGGAAGAAAAGGCACAACCGAUUCUUGUGGCCCCAGACUGGCCUGGACAUGUGUGAUUCUCAGGAGUGCUUCAUUUAUUGGUGUCACACCCUUGGGCCUUGCCACCUCAGCCAGAUCUAACAGUACAGGACCCAGUAUUACAAGAACCACCAGGGUGGUUGAGACAGACAGCAUGGUGCUUGAGCAGCGUUUUAAGUCAGCUCAGUUAUUACUGAUACUAAAUGACAUCUCAAUGUGGAACCCAUUGUGGAACCUUCAGAAAAUUCUUUUGGCCUUACAGCAUCCUCCUAUUGAGUCACUGAAGUCUAUGCCUCUCCUGCUCCUGUCCUUCCAGGUAGUGUUCUUAGUUGCAAUCACAUUCGUUUCAAAGAUAAGUGCUCUUUCUUUAGCAAGAUAUCUGUGCUUUUUCAUAAGGACAGUGUGAUAUAAAGAGUUCCUUCUUUUGUGCCAAAGGUUAACUCUAGCUUCCAUUGCCGACAACAAUUAGUCCUGUGAACUUUUUGCCCUGAUCUUGUCCAUUUCCUUGGUGUGAGAAAAGCGAUAAUGUACUAGUUUAAUGCCCUCCUCACAUCAACAGAAUGAUAGACUUUAGACAAACAAAGCCUCUUUUGUGUCUUUUCAUACUACAACCUUUAGUUAAAAGGUGCCAUCAGCUAUCAUAGCAUGUUGGCUUAUAACAGCAUUUAUUUUAUCCUAUGAAGCAUUAAAGUUACCUGUACCAAG